AUGUCUUUAGACGAGAAAUUCCAAAAAGCCGCCGAAGACAUCAAGAAGCUGAAGAGCAAACCUUCAGACCAAGACCUUCUAGAAAUUUACGCUUUAUUCAAACAAGCCACAGAAGGCGAUAUAAACACAAGCCGUCCUGGACUGUUGGACUUGAAGGGUAAGGCCAAAUGGGACGCCUGGAAUGGCAAGAAAGGAGUGGAUAAGGAAAAGGCCAAAGAGCAAUAUGUAGCCAAGGCGCAAGAGCUAAUCAACAGCAUAGGCUUGAAUUAA